AUGUCUUUAUUCAUCGAUGGUGUCGGCUUCAAUUACACGUAAACUCAGAUAAUUCGCCGGCUAAAAAGGGCCACAAAUAAAUGAUAAUGAGACUCAAGGAUUGUUGGCCCGCAGCGCUAGUAUUCAUAGCCGCUGCCUCGGCGUCAUUUUCACCCGAAAAGCCUGUUCCUCCGCCCUGCAGGGCCUGCACCCAGCUUGUUGGCUCAUUUAGGGCAGGACUCGAAAGGACAAAACGCGGACACGCGGGCGGGGACACGGCAUGGGAGGAGGAAAAGUUGCGUUCGUACAAGAACAGCGAGGUGCGGCUGGUAGAGAUCCAGGAGAAGCUAUGCUCAGACGGAGAAGUUAUAAACAAGGAUCACUGCCACAACCUGGCUAACGAGCACGAGGCUCUUCUCGAGGACUGGUUCACCCACAAACAGACGGAGAGUCCGGACCUGCAUUCCUGGCUUUGCAUCGACCAGCUAACUGUCUGCUGUCCGGCGAACACCUACGGACCAGAUUGCCUGCCCUGCACCGAGUGCAACGGAAAUGGAAAAUGCAAAGGAGACGGAACUAGGAAGGGUAACGGAAAGUGCAAAUGUGAUCCCGGCUAUGCGGGUCCGAACUGCAACGACUGUGGACCGGAGCACUACGAGUCCUUCCGGGACGAAAAGAAAUUGUUGUGUACACAGUGUCAUGCGGCAUGUGGGGAAGGAGGCUGCACGGGAGGUGGUCCCAAGAGCUGCCGCAAGUGUAAGAAGGGCUGGAGCAUGGACUCGGAGGCAGGAUGUGUCGACAUUAAUGAGUGCUUGGAGCAACAGCGUCCAAACUCUUGCCGACCGCAGCAGUUCUGCGUGAACAAUGAGGGCUCCUUUAGUUGCCUGGAGUGUGAUCGCUCCUGCGAUGGCUGCGAUGGUGAUGGUCCGGACAUGUGCAAAAAGUGUGCGGAUGGCUAUGAGUUGAGGGAUGGAAAGUGCCAUGAUAUUUCUGCGGAGCAACGCAGCAACUACGUAAGCUAUACACGAAUGCUUACCUACUUCGGAAUGUGCGUGGCCACCUGCGUCAUCUUCCAGAGCUCCACUCACAUUGCUUGGGGUUGCAUUGUUGGGGCGGCAGUUGCAGGGUACAUUGCUGUUUCCGAGUACUGGAUCAACUCGGAGGCAGAAGGCGGCCACCAGCCCCAAAUAGAUACAAAACAGUUGGAGGAACUAAUCAUGAAGUCUUUAUAAGUCAAAAAGUCAUGUCAACAUUCCUUUCAUAUUUUUUAUGAGAUACACGAGAGUUUUGAACAGCAUUAUUUUUUAACAUUUCCCUAAGACAUCUAACGAUUUUUGUACUUCGUUUGCAGUGCGCAGUGAUUCAGACUCCACGGUGCUCGGUGAAGAGUCCACGCACGAAGAAUUGUAGAAGUUACCAAAACGCACACCUUUUGUAGUCAAUUUUACUUUAAUAGUUAAUAUUAUCAUUUGAUAUGUAUUUAUAAAUUAGAAUUUCAACAAGCAGGGCAUGACCAGUUUUUGUUACACGUACCACACUUAGAUAUUUAUUUGGUUUCAAAAAUGUACAAAAUCACAAAUACAGCAUAUAAUUCGUAUCAAUAAAUAUUUGUAACUUAA